AGUAGAAAACAUGAUUUGUCGUUUGUGCCUUCAACGAAAUUUUAAUUAUGUUGAGAUAUUUAGCGAGGAUGGAUUAAAAAAAGAUAUGGCAAAUAUAUUAGCUAAACAUUUUUGGUUUCAACCAAUGGAUGAUGAUCCCAUAUCUACGUCUAUUUGCACAAAUUGUUGGGAAAAUGUAUACAAUUUUCACGAAUUUUAUUUAAUGGUAAAAAAAAAACAUACAUUACUAACUGAACGAUAUUUUGUGAAAAGCAUAAACGUAAAAGAUAAUGUUCAGGAAGUUGGAAACAGUAACAGCGUAACGUCCAGCACGCUAAAUCUUAUGGCAGAACAUAGUGAAUAUUUGGAUAACAGCGAAUUGAUAUCAUGUGAUGUGGAAAUUGACUCUGAUACUUUAGAAAUAGUUAAUCAUGAGCACAAAGAAAAAAGUCCUGAAAAAUCAUUGCAAGAAAUUGAAUAUUCAACGGAUUCAAAUCUUAUACAUUGCUCAGAGGAUUUAAAUAUUGUACAAUCGUUUGAAGCAGAUGAAAUCCAAAUACAGGCAACCGAUCCUUAUGUGUCAGAGGAACCAAAAAGUGUUGAUACUUUACAAAAAACUAUUAUAAUUGAUGACCAUAUAGAACGGCGACUGACGCGUUCUACAACUAAAGCCAUUGAACGAAAUGACGAUGAACAAACAACAAUUGAAAAGCAAUGUGAACCAGUAAGUGAAACCUCUUAUAUCGAAAUACCAGAAAUUGUAGAAAAUACAAAGAAAAAAAGACGCGGACGACCACGUAAAACUGAUUUAAGUAACAUUAAUAAUGAAUCUCCAGUAAAAGUGAGCGAGAGUUCUAUUGAUAUUAAAAAUGAUUUAAAAACGGAUGAUGUAGAUCUGAAGAUAGCUGAACACAUGAAUCUUACAUGUGAUGUUUGUGCUAUUAAGAACUUAACAUUCGGAACUUUGCGACAGCACAUGCGAAAAGUACAUAGGGUAAAGGGUUACGUACUCUGCUGUGGCAAAAAAUUUUUUAAACGAAGUGUACUAGUGGAGCACAUAGAGAAACAUGUUAAUCCCGAACAAUAUAAAUGUAAUGAAUGCGACAAAGUUUUUAAAACCAAGCAAUGUAUGAGAAAUCACGUACUGUUAAAACAUACACCAGACGAAGAAAAAACAUUUAAAUGCGAUUCAUGCCCAAAAAAAUUCGCUAAGUUGUAUUUACUCACUUUGCAUAGAAGUAUACACAGCUCACAAGAGGAGUACACGCAUGUUUGUGAGAUAUGCAAAAAAUGUUACCCCACAGCAUCUCGUCUAGCGACACAUAUCAAAUUAACACAUUCUGGCUAUGGAACAAUGUGUGAUAUAUGUGCAAAGGUAAUACGUGGACGAAGUGCUUUCGCUAAACAUCAAUUACAACACACUGGUGCGGUUAUACCAAAAGUGCAGUGUGACAAAUGUGGAUCAUGGCAUAAGGAUAAAUACAGUUUGCAAAAACAUAAACGUCGUCAUAACGAAGACGGUACUUUACAUAUAUGUGAUAUAUGCAAUAAAGUUGCACCUAAUCGUAGCGCACUUCUAAGCCAUCAACGCUAUGUGCAUUCAUCAGAACGCAAAUAUAAAUGUGGUUUGUGCCAGAAAGCCUUCAAGAAGCCACUUAAUUUGAAGGAACAUAUGGCUCUUCAUACCGGUGACACACUUUACAGUUGUCCGCAUUGCACAAAAACAUUUAAUUCAAAUGCAAAUAUGCAUUCUCAUCGUAAGAAAGUACAUCCUAAAGAGUUUGAAGAAACAAGAAAAAACCGGAUGGAAGCAUCUAAAUUAUCUACACCAACAGAAGAUACCCAAGUACCUAGGACAACUAACUCAGACUCACAUUCACAAAUUAUAACAAUACAAACACCUGAUGAUGGAGAAAUUCAUAAUAUUAUUAUAACAACAGAGGAUUUCAGUGAGGAUGGCAUGGAAAACGAAGAAAAUAGCAUUAUUUUAACAUUAAAUACUUAGAUAUAAACCAAUGUACAUAAGUUUUAGUUAUAUUUUUUUUAUUAACAGUAGUCCCUUUUAUG